CUUAAGCUUGCGUGCCGCCUUACCGAUGCCCAUAUUCAUCCAAAUAAUUUUCAAAAGAUGAGUGUGCGUUUGGCUGCAUCUCUUUUUUCAAAACGAAACGCCAUCGCGAUUUGUGAAUACAGAAACCUGCCAGCCAAAAACUAUCAAGAAGAAAGGAUUAAGGACAAGUUCCAAGGUUCAGAGCAUACAGAAUAUUUAACAAACCUGUUAAAUGAUGUGAUCGACAUAAUGAAUGCAAGAUUCUGUAAGGAAGGGAUAACUGUUCUGAAUUGGUUACCUAAAAAGAAAAAGCUCGAAGAGAUGCUUGUAGUUCUGAAAAGAACAGAAAUGAUUUAUUUGCAAUCGGACAACAGAGAAAAAAUGUUUGCUUCUACGACGACCAUCCGUGGAUGGAAAACUUCGAUCCAAAGCACCAUAGCAAUUACCGAAGAGCUCUUCUCCGAAAAUUAUGGCUUUGUUCUCACAGGUAAAUUCAACCAGGAUGCCCUAGAGAGAUUAUUCGGGAUCGUUCGAUCAGUUGAUAGCCACCCAACGGUGACGUCUUUCUUGCAAAUAAUGAGAUAUGUCUCUUUGCUCGCUCGACUGAAUACGAUCGUAAAAGGAUCAAGCAUCGAUAGCAGUGAGCAAAUUGUAGUAUUGGCGACCAUCUCAAAAUGCCUUAAACAUAAAGCAAAGCAAUCCGAUAUCGCUGCAGCUGACCUUAAAAAGUAUAUGGAAGAUAUUCUGCUGAAGGAACUAACUUCUAGAUACGUAGACUCACUUCCAGAACGAGAAAAAGUCGACUAUAUUAAUGAUAUCGCUAUAUAUGAUGUAUGUGGAUACAUGUUAAAAGCACGACCGUCUGUAACAGUAUGUCUUGAUUGUAAACCUUCAGUGCAAUGCGACGAAUUAGAAUUACCACCUGAUUUUAAUUUUGAUUAUUUCACUGGCUUGAGAACCCGUGGUAACCUCAUUUUCGUGACAGUGAAUAUGUUUCAAACUUUCCGGGUAGUUGAGUCAAUAAUUGAAUCUCAUUUCAAUCCGAUUGGUCAGUGA